UAGUAAUGAAGUCAUCACCACCACUUGUUGCUGUCACAAUUCUUCUUCUUUUGCUGCUGCUUGGAGGAAUGAUGGUCAACAACACCGCCACCGCAGAUGUAGGAGAGGAGAAUGAAGUGAUGCAAGCAGAGGAAAAAGAAAGACCCGUCGGCAUUGCAGGACACAUCUUGGACGAUAGAAAGAAGAAAGUGACACUUUUUGUUGGCUCAAAACCUGCAACUACCAAAGAAGACUAUGAGGGGUACAAGAAGAAAUAUCCUGAGGCAUGCGAUGUUGAACUUGGCGAAGAUCAAGAGAAAGGAUACAUUAUUCUCAGCUACUCCAAAACCUCCAAGGCGGCUGAAAGCGGUUGCACUGUGGAUCUCUACACCGAUUUGGAAGACAAGAUCGAAUUCUCUGUUUUCUUGAGAAAUGUGGAGGGUGGUGGUCCUGCAGGAUGUCUCAAACAAUUGGAUGACAAAAAAUUCGAUGGCUACAAUGACAACGUACUGCCCUUCGCUUACAGCCAUCCAACCAUUCUCGAAGAACUCAGGGAUAACGGACCAAAGCUAGACAUUUCUGCCGCUGGAUGCAAGAGUGAUGUCUGCUUUGAUAAGGUGUGUAUCAAAAAGACGGGCCUCGAACUUAGAUGGGCCAAAUCUCUCAAGAAUGUAGAACACAUAGAUCUUCUAAUCAAUCCAAUUGGCAGUCCUUCGUACAAACAUGCUUCGGAAGAAAUGAAAUUGUUCGAGAAGCGUACGUAUGGAAAAGUAAAGAUCGAGAAAGCCGAUAAAUAUUCUGUUCGAUUUGAUGGAAAAAAAGAAGCUUUGGAACCAUACAACGAAUACAACUGUACACAAAAUCCCGCUGGAAACAUCCUCACGCCCUUGACAUGGGAGAUCAAUGGGACGAAUCCUGUGGACCCAAAGAAGAAACAUUUGCUGGCCUUCCAUCUUCUUCCGCAAAAGGCAUCUCGCAUGAUACAAUGGGUUUUGCCUCCAGCUGGUAAUAAAAUACCAAAAGGAGUGAGUGAAGAAUCGCCGAAAGGACCUGAAUGCGAGGAGCUUCAAAUUCUUUUCUCAACGGCCAACUACGAUUUGCUGACUGUCGUCCCUCAAACUACGACCACUACUACAUCGUCUACAACUACAACCACCACUCAACCGACAACUACAACGGUUACAACAAAAACUGAAGAACCUAAAAGCUCUGCGUGGAUCAUUAUUGUGAUUGUUGUGGUUCUGCUUCUGUGUAGCUCUUGUGCUGGGGCACUUGUCUUCUUUUUCUUCUUGAAGAAGGGCGGCGGUGGUGAUGGCGCUGAUGAUGAGGACAAGUCAAAAAUGGGCGACAACAAAAAAUCAAAAAAGGAUGACGAUGGGACCAAGUCAAAGAAUGAUAAGGGCACCAAAUCGCAGAACGACAAGGGCACCAAAUCACAGAACGACAAGGGCACCAAAUCGAAGGGAGACAACACCAAAUCAUUGACCAGCAUGAACGACAAAACUACCAACUCUGCGGCAGCUGGAGGAGGAGCAGGAGUGAAGAGUUCAAGAGUGAAGGAUGCUGAAGAAGGUGAUAAUAAGAAGGGAACUAGUACUGCAAUUGAUAACACAGCAUCUCUGGAAUUGUAG